AUGUCACCCUGCGUGCCUGGUGGGAAGAAGACAGAGAAGACACCGGUUUUUCAACUCCGUGAUGGGCUACCGCCAUAUCAAUGUGUUCCAGAUGUGGCAUAUUUCGUCUUAAGGCAGCAUGUUGAAUCUCCAUCGAUGUGGGCAAUUUCCCCCCCUCAGUAUUUGUUAGCUCUUAAAGAAGAGUACGCAACUCGCCCGGCCAUGGAGGGGACAAUAAAUGACCCUACAAAUCCAAAGCACUAUCGGAGAUACCGUGUUCAUGUUACAAUGGAAUCCUUGAUGGAGGAUAAAGAGCUUAAAGCCACCAUCAAAGAUCUCAUACAGCGGAGCGGGCAACCAUAUCCUCCUCUUGUUGAAGCCGUAAAUCAACCAAGUGGAGAAACAGACGCGAUAGCUUUGUAG